CUCUCUCUCUCUCUCUCUCUCUCUCAUAUUUUUGUUCUUACUGCUUUCGCAAAACGCCAAGAAAACUCUGUUUCCUUCCUCCUUGUUCCAUAGCAAUUAGCUACAAUGCUCUCGCCUUCUCUGUAAAAAAAAAGAAAGAAAGAAAAGCUCUUUCCUUUUUCCUCUCGCCCUGUGAGUGAUGAUCAGAGUAGUCUCAUUGGUUUAGAUAGAUAUAUAUAUAUAUAUAUUUAUAUUGUAUAUAUGGGUUCGUGUGUUUCUUCUCUUCAUAAUAGAAGCUCUGAUUCACCCAUGAAGCUCAGACUGUCGUUUGGAUCCAAAAACGACAAGCUCGAGAUUCCACCUUCGCCAGUCAAGGAAAAACCCGCCGGUCGGAUCAAGGACGUUGCUCUCAGCUCUUGGUCGCCAUCUCCCUCCGCCAAGACUUUUCGAGAUUAUGAUAGUAAAGAGGAAGCCUUCUUUGAUUCCCAGCCUUGGUUGGAAUCAGACUGUGAAGAUGAUUUUUAUAGUGUCAAUGGUGAUUUUACCCCGUCUCGUGGUAACACUCCGGUCCAUCAAGGCGUCCCCAUGGGGUCUUCUAAGGUCAGCGCGGCCCCUUUUGAAGCCAGGACUCCUGGCACCGUACGGCCCGUACCUGCGCCAUUUCCAACAGAAAAGAAAAGGAGUCUGCUUGAUCUUUUCAAAGAGAGCAUCAGAGACGAUGACGAAGAAGAAGCUAACAACAAUGCCAUGGCCAGUGGGAGACCUGAGGUAAAGCAAGCCGCUCUAGACGUCCCUCCAAAAUCCGCUCGCGAUACCCCUUUUAUCUCGGGAGCUAAUUCCAUGUGCAGCAGUGAAAGGACACCUAAUAAUGGAGAUGCUGUAAAUGAUGUUCACAGACCAAUGAGGUCUGUACAAUGCUGUCUUCCAAGCUUGGUUGCUUGCCGUAGCUUUAGCGACCGGAAGAAGAAAAUGAGCCCUGCCAUUGCUGUAAAUGGAGGACCUUGAUUCUGAACCCUCUAGCAUAUACAAUGUAGAUGGAAAAAGCCAGGGGUCACAGAAUCUUGGUUCUCAUAAGAGUAUAAACUAGUUCUUCAAUACUCAUCAAACUUCAUAUUACCUCUACCGGAUCAUGUAAAGUCUUAAGAUCUCUUUGCCAAGGAUAAAACACUGUUUGUGAAAAUUUUGGCGUUCUUAUGCAUGCAAGAAGUGAUGGGAGGAGAUGGUUUACGUGUAAUAAUACCAUCUUUUUUCAUCUAAAGUUGAAGUUUCAAUAUUUGAAAUCUC